AUCAUGUUCUACCACGAUCAAAUCCAACUGAAACCAACUAUUCCACCAUCUUAGUUUGUACUUAUAACGCAGCAUUGCUUCAUUAGUUAGAUUUAUACUAUAAAUGGUAGCAGCUUUAAACUGAUUUGCAAGGACACGACUAUUUAUUUAUAAAGAUAUCUGAAAAAUUUACCAAUAUGGGUGUAACUAUAAUCUUUAACCAAUGAUCUAAGGGCAAUGUUACUGAUUGUUCAGCGACGUCUAUACUCCAAGCUCUCACCUAAGAGUUCCAAUAAGCUUGUGAACAAGUUGACUAAAAAGGCAAAACCGUCACUAGCUUUAGGUCCAUCAGUUCAUCCAAAUCAUCCAACUCGAACCAGAUUUGCACCCUCUCCAACUGGAUACUUACAUUUGGGAUCCUUAAGAACAGCCUUGUAUAAUUACUUAUUAGCAAAGAAUACAGGUGGUCAAUUCUUAUUACGUUUGGAAGAUACCGAUCAAAAAAGAUUAGUCCCAGAUGCUGAGCAAAAUAUUUAUGAAUCUUUAAAAUGGUGUGGAAUCAUUCCUGAUGAAGGUCCUAUAGAAGGAGGUCCUUAUGGUCCAUAUAAACAAUCUUCAAGAAGAAGCAUAUAUGCUGAAUAUGCCCAAAAGUUAAUUGAUAGCGGUGAUGCUUAUUACUGUACUUGUUCCAAGGAUAGACUAAAUGAUCUUCGAGAAUCCGCAUCCAAAUUAAAGCCACCAACAACAGUUACAUAUGAUAGAAAGUGUCUUCAUGAUUCAGCUCCUAAUAUUGAAGGUGCCAUUAUACGGUUUAAAUCUCCAGAUGUAUAUGAACCAUUCAAAGAUUUAUUACAUGGUAAUGUUAAUAUUCAACCACAAUACAACAAUAAUGAUAGAAGAUAUGAUGAUAUUGUGAUAAUGAAAUCUGAUGGAUUACCAACUUAUCAUUUCGCUAACGUAAUAGAUGAUCACUUAAUGAAAAUCACUCACGUCAUAAGAGGAGAAGAAUGGUUAUCAUCAACUCCUAAGCAUAUUGCAUUAUAUAGAGCUUUUGGCUGGGAGCCUCCAGCAUUUAUUCACAUUCCUUUGUUAACAUCACUCGAAGAUAAAAAGCUUUCUAAAAGAUUAGGUGAUAUUGGAAUUUUAUCAAUGAAGGAAAAGGGGAUCUUACCUGAAUCUAUUGUUAACUUUGUGGCUUUAUUCGGAUGGUCACCGGUAAGAGAUACUCCAGGGGUUAGUACAAGUGAAUCGAUGUCAUUGAAUGAAAUAGUGGAGAAGUUCUCAUUAGAUAAUCUCACUAGAGGUAAUGCUAAAGUCAAUGAUUCAAAGUUGUAUUUCUUUAACAAACAUCACUUGAAUGAAUUGAUAAAUGAUGAAGAUAAGCUAACCGAAUUGGUUGAAGAGUUUUAUCCAAAGUUCAAUGAACAUGCAAAGGGCAAAUAUGAUAAAGAAAAAUUAAAACAAAUUCUAAAGCUUGUGGGUCCAAGUUUAAAUACUUUAAAUGAAAUUUUUACAAAUUAUGCUUACCUUUAUGAAACCAUUGAUUACUCUGCUAUCGAUACUUCAAAACUACCAUCAAGUUCUAGAAUAAUUAUAGAAAAGUUAAUCGACUACAAUGACCCAAAUUUUCAAGAUGGUGUUGCCAAACUAUUAGAAGAUAUUCCUAAUAUUUCUAAAAAGGAUAUCUUUCAAUCAGUCAGAUAUGCCAUUGCAGGUGGAUCAUCAGGUUUAACAAUUCCAUCGGUAUUAGAUAUAAUCGGUCAUGAAGAAUACGAAUCAAGACUUAAAGAGUCAUUAAAAUUUAUUUAAAAAAUCUUGUAUAUAG